GCAUCAACAGUAGAUCAAGUAUUAAAAUAUCAUUCGGAUUUUUUAGAUACAUGCCUUAAAGAAUGUAUGCUAACUAAUGCCAAGUUGUUAAGAAUAUAUUCAAAACUGUUAUAUACAUGUGUUUUAUUUGCUAACUAUACAGAGAAGUUUACAAAAUCACUCGUGUCACUUGAAACACAAGUUGAAUCUAUGACAACAAUAAUACAAAUGGAUUAUCAGGAUAGAACACUUCAAUUGAAUAAUCACUGUAACGAAAUCACGGAAUUUCAAGAAGAAUUAGCCAAAGAAAAAAUUCGAAAUCAACAGUUGGUAAAUGAUAAUUAUUUGUUAAGAAGAGAAAAUGAAGCUAAUAUUAAAUUAGUGCAUUCGUUGCAGCAAUAUAUUAAAAAUAACAAAUAG